AUGCAGGCAAAGCCAAAACUACUAGAACUUGAAGAACUAUACCAAGGUAUCCCAGAUGAGUCCGUUAAUCUUACCUUUCAAGACCUAGCCAAUGUGAAUACUUCAAACAAGAUAAACACCACAGUGGCCAUUAUUGAACCCAUUUCUGAUGCUAGUAUAAUUAGCAACCCCACAAAGUUACCAUCAUCCUCUGUUCCUUCUCUGACCAAAUUACCUAGUCUUGACUUCCAAAAAGGCUUGCAGGCAUCCAAUAAUCACAGCCAUCACCACCACCUUGAUUUUGGCCAUGGUGGUGACUCACCGUUGGGUCAGUUUAGCCACCGUGUUGAACAUGAUCGAGGACAUGAUCGUUUUAACCAUGUAAGUGAGUAUAGCAUGGGUUAUGAUGCUAUGAACAGUGGCAUGAGUUUGGCUUCGGGAAAAGGUGGUGCUGCUGGUCGACGAAAGCGACCUGGAAUUCCUCACUCUAAGAUUUGCACCAUUUGCAGCAACUAUGUUUACUUUCUCAGGACUAGAUGCCUGGUAUGUGGCAGGGUUUAUUGCAGGCGGUGUGUGGAAAUAGGCAUGGGAGAGAUGAUAGAAGGAAGAAAGUGUAUUGAGUGCCUUGGAUUGAGAUUUAGCCAAAGGUACAUAGAAAGAGCAGGGGUAAUAGGAUGUUGCAGUUGGAGGUAUCCAAGUACAUUGAAGGAUACUGAGCUCAAAUGGGCUGAGAAAGGACCAAGGAAGAACAGUGACAGAGGCUAUGGUCACCAUGGCAUAGCUUCCUCAAGACCAAGAACCCCUACAUCCCCAAGGAGUCCUCUUGCCAUAGUUGGCAACGAACCCUCCUUUGUCAUGUCUGCAUCCUAUACUUUCUCUCCUCAUCACCUCCCUCUUUGA